AUGGCUGACCAGCAGGCCCAAGCCACAACAAUGAGAAAUUUGGAGCGCCAAAUGGGACAACUUGCUAGUGCUCAAAAUACUCGACCAGUUGGAGCUCUUCCAAGUGAUACUAAGGCUAAUCCUAAGGAAUCUAUUAAUGCUGUGUCAUUGAGGAAUGGGAGACAAUUAGAAGAAGUCCAGUCAAAAAAAAGAAAACAAGUGACCUUUAAUGAGAAGCCGACCACUAUAGAGUCAAAAUCAGAAAAAUCAAAGGAGUUAGAGAAGCCAGCUGAAGAGGCAGUGGCUGAGCAACCUCCACCAGUAAUUUCAAGGCCACCACCUUCGUUCCCUCAAAGAUUGCAGAAAGUGAAGGAUAAUGCCACGUAUAAAAAGUUUCUUGAUAUUUUGAAGCAGGUGCAAAUCAAUAUUCCACUAGUAGAUAUCCUACAAGAAGUGCCCAAAUAUGCAAAAUACAUCAAGGACAUAGUGGAAAAUAAGAGGAGGUUGACCAAAUUCGAGACUGUAGCACUCACUGAGGAAUGUAGCUCUAGAAUCCAAAGCAAGCUACCUCAGAAAUUCAAAGAUCCGGGUAGUUUCACUAUCCAAAUUUCAAUUGGUAAGCAUGCAGUCGGGCGAGCUUUGUAUGAUAUUGGAGCGAGUAUCAAUUUGAUGUCACUAUCUGUUUUCAGACAGUUGGGGUUGGGUAAGCCACGCCCAACAACGGUGAUCUUACAAUUGGCUGAUCACACCCUUGCUCAUCCAGAAUGA